AUGGGUCGGCUUGAUGGGAAGGUCAUCCUGCUGUCUGCAGCAGCACAGGGGAUUGGACGAGCAGCUGCCAUAGCUUUUGCUAAAGAAGGAGCCAAAGUCAUUGCUACAGACAUCAAUGAGUCUAAGCUGCAAGAACUGGAGAAAUAUCCAGGCAUUCAAAUACGGGUUCUGGAUGUCACCAAAAAGGAGCAGAUAGAAAACCUGGCCAAGGAGAUUGAAAGGCUUGAUGUCCUCUGUAACAUUGCAGGGUUUGUUCAUCACGGAACCAUUCUGGAUUGUGAAGAGCAAGACUGGAACUUCACUAUGAACCUCAAUGUUCGCAGCAUGUAUCUAAUGAUCAAGACAUUCCUUCCUAAGAUGCUUAAACAGAAAUCUGGAAAUAUAAUAAAUAUGUCCUCAGUGGCAUCCAGCAUUAAAGGAGUUGUGAACAGAUGUGUAUACAGUACUUCAAAGGCAGCAGUUAUUGGUCUAACAAAGUCUGUGGCAGCUGAUUUCAUUGAACAAGGCAUCAGAUGCAACUGCAUAUGUCCUGGAACUGUUGACACACCAUCUUUACAGGAAAGAAUCCAAGCCCGGCCUAACCCAGAACAGGCAUUGAAAGAUUUUCUAGCCAGACAGAAGACUGGUAGGAUGGCUACUGCUGAAGAAGUGGCCCAUCUCUUUGUGUACUUGGCUUCUGAUGAAUCUGCCUACGUGACUGGUAAUGAACUCAUCAUUGAUGGAGGAUGGAGCUUGUGA